AUGCCAAACAAAACGCUAGAUCAAUCUUCGGUUCAAUCUCAGUCCACCUCGCACGGAAUAAGUCUCAGCUCCCUACGGCGCAAACGCGGCAACAUUAUCGGGCAAAUCACAACCUUCAUAAAAUUCCUCGAGUCGCAGGAACAAUCAGAACUACGAAACAUACCGCGUUUGCAAACGCGCCUGAACGGUUUGAACGAUGCUUGGAAGCGUUUCGACGAUAUCCAAUUCCAGAUUGAAGAAUUAGACGAAUCAGAAGCUCCACGUCGUUACGAAAUUCAAGAGCAAUAUUACGACGUCAUAACUCGCGCCGCGAUCCUUAUCGACGGAGAACGUCCAGCAAUAAUCGCGCGACGGACCACAGUCGAAUCAUCCGCGCCUACCGUCACGGCCCCUAUGGCUAUAAAACUGCCGGAAAUGCGUCUGCCCACAUUCGACGGCACAAUCGAAAAAUGGACGUCAUAUUUCGAUAUAUUUUGCUCGAUGAUCGAUCGCAAUGACGAUCUCACCCCUGUACAAAAAUUACAAUACUUACGAUCAACAGUAGUGGGAAAGGCCGCUACAUGCAUACAAUCCCUCAGCAUCACAGACGCCAACUACGCAGACGCAUUAGAAUUGUUAAAAGAAAAAUAUGACUGCACGCGAAGGAUUUUAUUAAGUCACUGCGACGCAAUUCGAGAUAUUCCCAAAUUAACGAGGGACACGCCAGAAGCACUGGGCCACCUCGUUGAUACCGUGAAUCAGCAUCUUCGGGCGUUAAAAAAUCUCGGCGAAAACAUCGCGUCAUGGAACAGCAUCCUCGUUUCAAUAAUUUUGUCCAAAGUAAGCUCGGACACAGCGUGGCACUGGGAACUAACAAUAAAAGACAAGAAGAUGCCAGCGUAUACUAGCCUUCUUGAGUUUCUAGAGAAGCGAGCAAACUGCGCUCCAGCCGCGGUCUCAAAACCUCUGCCUGCACCAUCAGGAAGACAACACGAAAAUCAUCGGAACACCAGAUUCGCAGCGCCGCGAGGUCACGCCUUUGUUUCAGUGCAGACAUCUCAAUGCAUGAUUUGCAAUAACAAUCAUGAAACGCGAUAUUGCGCAACUUUGAGAGCGCAACCGGUCCAAGAACGCAUAAAAACCAUCGAACUUGCCGAUCUGUGUCCGAACUGCUUAGGAAAAAAACAUCCCAUUAGAUUAUGCCCAUCAGGAUCAUGUCGUGUUUGCAAUAAAAAACACCAUACGCUAUUGCAUAAAACAUGGCCCACGCAACAGCCCGAAAACAAUACGUCGCCGUCGCCGCGGUCAAACCCUCGAACAAUAGAGAACCCACCGGCCAGGUAUCAACCAUCGACGUCGGAUUGA